GGAUGGCGCCGGCCGGGCCCUGGCUGGUGCCACAGCGCGGGGCCCAUCGGGGGCUAUCGAGGCCCCGGCCGGUGUCACAGCGCGGGGCCCAUCGGGGGCUAUCGAGACCCCGGCCGGUGUCACAGCGCGGGGCCCAUCGGGGGCUAUCGAGACCCCGGCCGGUGUCACAGCGCGGGGCCCAUCGGGGGCUAUCGAGGGCCGGGCCGGUGUCACAGCCCGGAGCCCACCUGGGCCGGCCCGCCGUGCCGGUUACAGUGGUUUCCAUUCACCCCUCGGUGUUUACCGCACGAUCGGCAUCUUCCUUCAGGCAAACAAGGCUUUAGGCCCGAAGGUGAAGCAGCCACAACCCGGCUUCUUGUCUACGGUAACCAAAGUUAACGACAGGAAUACUGCAUUGGGCUCAACAGUGUGUCCUUCAGAAGAGGCUGAAGGGCUGCGCGAUAGGUUGAAAAGAUGGGGAAUGCUGAAAGCAAUGCCUAUCAGAAUCACCUUUCCAGAUUUCUUCCUGAGGAGCAGUCUGACAUUGAUGGACUGUUUGACACCUUAUCAGGAUCCAGUGGCUCAUCUGGAGCAAAAAAUGCCAAAGCUGCAAAGAAAACUGUGACUCUGGCAGCACUACAGGCACACACCCGGGAGCCCCUGCCAGAGGCAAUGACUGCUCGGUUGUACAGUGGAAUGAAAAGCAUUGACCUGCCUGGCAAAUCAGCAGGGCUCAGUGAACAGAUUGUUAAGGAGCAGUUUGUAAUUUUUAUGUCAAACCUCUUAAAAGGGAAUGCAGAUGAGAAGAUUAGCAUAAUAAUGAGAAUGAUCGCCAAGACGGGAGGGCCUCUGAAGGGCAGACAAAUCCAAGAGUUCACAGAGGAUCUGAUCACAUCUGUAGUCCAUGUACUGAGCUACAGGAAGGAGCUGAAAGGUUGGAGUUUGGAGAAUACGAGGGAUUCUUCGAGUGGAGUCAAAGCUCUGGCUUCUGAGCUGCUCUCAGAAUUGAAGCUUCCAGAUGGGACAAAACCCGUGGGUUCUCAGCUGCUGGAGACAAGUUUUGACCAAAGUGUCAUUGAGGACUGGGUGUACCGAGUUCCCCAGAUCUCAGUUUUCCUCAGUGUUGUCAUCAGGCAAGGCCUCCACGUCCUGCAUUCCCUCCCAGACCAAACCAAUGACAUCCUCAACCUGGUUCCUCACUGCAAAGGCAUCAAGGGAAGAGGAGUUGUCAGUCUCUUUGACAUCCCAGCCAUUAUCUACAUCAACUCUCACCUGCCUGCUGAGAUGCAGCACAAGUGGCAGCUCUUAUUUUCCUCCAGGCUCCACGGGGAAAGCUUCUCACAGCUGUGUGCACAUAUAGUGAACAAAGGUCCUUGCAUAGUGAUCAUAAGGGACUUGGAUGGUUUCCUCUUUGGUGGGUUUGCAUCUCACUCCUGGGAGGUGAAGCCACAGUUUCAAGGUGACAACAGAUGCUUUCUGUUUUCUGUUUUCCCCACUCUGGCUGUAUACACAUACACAGGGUACAAUGACCACUACAUGUAUUUAAACCAUGGCCAACAGACUAUGCCAAAUGGACUUGGUAUGGGUGGACAGCAUGGCUACUUUGGGCUCUGGAUAGACAGUGACUACGGGAAGGGCCACAGCAAAGCCAAACCUCGCUGCACCACCUACAACAGCCCCCAGCUGUCAGCCAAAGAGGAUUUUACACUGGAUGCCAUGGAAGUCUGGGCAGUGGGAGAUGCCCCUGAGAGUGCAGGGAGAAAAGGUAAGAAGAGUAUCCUGGAUGUGGAUCCUCAGGCUCAGGCCUUGCUGGAAAUGGCUGGGAAAAGCCGUCAGAGCGAAGGUCUGCGGGAGCCCGUGGAAGAGGAUGAAGGUGUUAAGCUGGGGCAAGAAGAAAACUGACACUGGCGUUUCAUCAAAUAUCUCAGUGAAGCAUUAUUUACUAGGACACCACUGAUCCAACCAGCAGAUGGGAUUAUUCAAAAUUUUCUUUAAAUGUAAAAGAUGGGCUUGGGAAAGACUCAAUUUUUAUUUUAACCUGAGCCUAAUGAUUAAGAAAUCUGGGCUUUAUACUCAUGCAGCUAAAAAUGUCCAGAAAGCUUUUGUCAGCAGUGGGCUUAGCUAUGAUCUGAAGAGCUCAGUCUCUUCUGUGCAGUUUUGGCCCAACUGCAAAGCCCAACAUCCCUGCUCUGUUCCUGACUCAUCUUGGUUCUCAGGCUCUUUGGAAGCGAGUCCCUUUCCCAUUAAAUCCAUCCUCUGCUGAGCACUGGGUCUGAUCAGCCUUCCCUUCUUCUCCUGUCAGUCACACAGGUACAAAAACUGACAGCUGAGGGUUGGCACUUCAGCUCCCUGCUCUGGUUGACAGCUCCCCACAAUUUCCCCACUUGCUGAGUCAAGCCUGGGUACCUGGGAAUCCACAAACACUACAGAUAGGAGGAAAAGAAAUGCUUCAAGGCAGGUUUUUUCCAUUCUUCUAGUGAAACAUUCAGGGACAUGUCUAAAUGACGAGUCUCACUCAGAUACUUGUCAGUAACAUUUUAAAAUGUAGAUUUUAUUAAUAAAAAUGAUUUUGAUUUAAAUAAAUAAAAUUUCAGUUUAUGCACAAUA